GGAUUACUAUGGAUUACGAUAAACUUUCGAUCCAAACAAAAUGUCUACUUCACACUGUCUCAGAAAGUGUUGGCCAAUUGGAACGUAUGAUACUUAGUUUAAAGUCGACAUCGGAACUGGAGGAAAUCAACAAACUGUCCUAUAGUUUAAAUCAAGAUAUACAAAGUAUUAAUUCAAAUUGUGAUCGUCUGUCGACCUUACUUUCAACUGUUGAACCAUAUUCACGUCGUUCUCAACUACGUUUGAGUUUAGACCAAACACGCUUUGAAUGCAAACAAUAUGAGACGAAUUUAAGAGUUAUGGAUCGUAAAAAGAAUGAAAAGUGGCGUCAGGUGGUAGAACGUGAGGAGCUAUUAUCUCAUGAUUUCUCUACCAAUGCUUCUGUACGUAAUGGUUCAACAGUUGUUAGAUUGGAUUCUGAUUUGCAGCACUAUUCAAGGUUGUCUAAUGUUGGAAAACAGAUCGAUGAUAUGUUGGCGUCAGGAGCUUUCAGUUUAAGUGCUUUGAGAGAGCAGGGGAUGACUUUGAAGAAGGCACAACGUCGUGUUAUGGAUGUUUUGAAUACACUUGGUUUGUCGAAUACAGUUAUGCGUCUUAUUGAACGUCGGACUCAUCAAGAUAAAAUUUUAUUCUGGGUGUUAAUAGUUGCUACAUUAAUUUUAUUCUUUGGUAUUUGGAGAUUUUUCCACUAGUCAUUUUUUUGCUCAGUCUUUCUUCCUCCAUGUUUCUUCUCCUUUCAAGUUGCUUUGUGUGUUCAUAUUUUAAUUUCAAUUGUUCAACGUCUUUCAAUCAAUAUGCUUAUUUGUAUCUCUUGUCAAUGUAAUUUCUGAUAUGGGAUUUUGAGAUUUCUUUCUCAUUGGACUGUAAAUAGAGGCUGUUAUAUCCUA